CCCAGGCUGGGACAGAGCUGGGCAGGCAAGCCGGGGCCCUGCUGUCCUGUUGAGGCACUCACUGGCUGGGACACCAGACAUGAUCUGAAGCCCUACAAGGCUGGAGGCUGCAAUCCCGACACUCAGGGUGGCGAGGGACACCUGUCUACCACAGCCAUGCAUGCCAGCUGCCACUCCCAUGCUCUCCCAUCCCAAGGCCCACGAUGACACCCAACAGCACCGGGGAAGCGCCUGGCCCCAUGCCCACAGGGGCCCUGGGGCUCUCCCUGGCCCUGGCCAGCCUCAUUGUCGCCGCCAACCUGGUCCUGGGCCUGGGCAUCGCCUGGGACCGCCACCUGCGCAGCCCACCUGCUGGCUGCUUCUUCCUGAGCCUGCUGCUGGCUGGACUGCUCACAGGGCUGGCACUGCCCAUGCUGCCAGGGCUGUGGAGCCAGAAACGCAGGGGCUACUGGUCCUGCCUCCUCCUCUACUUGACCCCCAACUUCACCUUCCUCUCUCUGCUCGCCAACCUGCUGCUGGUGCACGGGGAGCGCUACGUGGCAGUGCUGUGGCCGCUGCGGCCCCGCGGGAGCAUGUGGCUGGCCCUGCUCCUCACCUGGGCGGCCCCCCUGCUCUUUGCCAGCCUGCCUGCACUAGGUUGGAACUGCUGGAGCCCUGGUGCCAACUGCAGCUCCCAGACUGUCUUCCCGGCCCCCUAUCUCUACCUCGAAGUCUACGGGCUCCUGCUGCCUGCCGUGGGAGCUGCUGCCCUACUCUCCAUCCGAGUGCUAGCCACUGCCCACCGCCAGCUGCAAGACAUCCGCCGGCUCGAGCGGGCAGUGUGCCGCGACACGCCCUCCGCUCUGGCCCGGACCCUCACUUGGAGGCAGGCCAGGGCCCAGGCCGGGGCCACACUGCUCUUCGGGCUGUGCUGGGGGCCCUACGUGGCCACCUUACUCCUGUCAGUCCAGGCCUAUGAGAGGCGCCCACCCCUGGGGUCUGGAACUCUGUUGUCCUUCAUCUCACUGGGCAGUGCCAGCGCAGCAGCCGUGCCCAUGGCCAUGGGUCUAGGUGACCAGCGUUAUACAGCCCCCUGGAGAGCGGCCGCCCAAAGGUGGCUUCGGGUGCUUCGGGGAAGAGCCUCAAGGGACAGUCCGGGCCCCAGCACUGCCUACCACACGAGCAGCCAAAGCAGCGUGGACCUGGACUUAAACUAGCAGUGGGGCCGCUGCUGAGUCCUAGAAGCAUCCACCCAUCUCGGCCAUGCCUUUCCCAGGUCCCCACCUCUCGGGGCAGAGACUCUGCCCCUAUUAAACCCCACCCAGGUGGAAUAAAACUUCUCUGGGUUUUUAA